UCCGCCAGGACAAAAAAUAGACCAGUUCACAUGAGAGUGUCAGAAACUUCGCGUCGACUGGGGAGCGUGUUACUGGGAUCAGCAGGAGACUGGUGCGUAAUGGUGAUGCGCCUCAUCCAAAAGACACAAACAGGCGCAGGGAGUUUGUGAUUCCACAGGAGAAAGGGAACAGUUUGAGUUAAAUUGUUUUGUUAGAAUAAAAAAAGAGAAGAAGUUGUUUCCCUCCUGGUGUUGAACUCAUGGCAGAGGGAGACUUCUACACGCUGGGGAACCGACAGCGGUUUCCCCGGGACCCGUUUGGAGAGUCUCCGUUCCGGGCGCAGUCUCCGUUCCGGGAGCAGCUGGCCUCCCGGUUCCUGGAGGAUGACUUCGGGAUCCCUCCGUUCCCCGAGGACCUGGGGAUGGACUGGCCUGGCUGGGCUCGCCCGGGUCGGCUCGGAACCCGCAUGGGCUCGUCCCCCUUCAGCUCCACGUUACGCUCCGGUUUCCCCGUGCGUCAUUCCAGCGGAGGCCCGGCGGUGUACACGAGCCGCUACGGAGAGGCCUCACCGCGGAGCUCACCCACAGGGACGUCCGCUGGGGGGGCCGGCAGCCCCGGGGGGGAGCCGUGGAAAGUGUGCGUGAACGUGCACAGCUUCAAACCUGAGGAAUUAAACGUGAAAACGAGGGAUGGGUUCGUGGAAGUGUCAGGGAAACAUGAAGAGAAGCAGGAAGAAGGAGGAAUAGUGACAAAGAAUUUCACAAAGAAGAUACAGAUCCCGGGAGACGUGGACGCUCAGGCGGUCUUCGCCUCUCUGUCCCCCGAGGGCGUCCUCAUCAUCGAAGCCCGACAGACGCCCCCCUAUCACCUCUUCUGUGGCGAGGGCCCCCAGGGCGGCGAGACGCCGGAGGAGGAGGUCCCCAGGCCCCAGGAGGCCACCGUGGUCUGACCCCCCCAACGUUUAGACUGAGACGACGGACCCACCCGCACAAUCGGUUUCAAGUUUGAUAUGAAAUUUGUGGCCUUCAGCUUCAUGUUGUUACAAACCUGGAUGUAAAAUGUGCAAAAUGUACUUUACGUGGAUAAAGUAACGUCCGAUUGUUCGUGUUAAAGCUGCAAGAGUUCAAUGUAGAAAACAUCUUAUCAAAGAAGAGCCUCAUCUUCUAGCUAUUGGAGAAGCAUCAGACCUUUUUCUCACCAAAUUAAACUUUAGAGCUGCAGCUAAAACAAUUAUUUUCAUUGUUGAUUAAUCUGCUGAUUGUUUUCUCAGCUAAUAGUUAUGUGCAUAAAAUCAAAAUAGAAAAGUAUCUGAAAGGUUCAAACCUUUAAUUCCGUUCGACAAGCAGAUUAAAACCCAAAAAAGUUUAUUUUACCUUGAUACACGAUUAAAACAAAGAUUCAUCAAAUAGAAAUUCAUGACAUUUCUUUUAAUCUGCUUACAGCAGCACUAUGCAACUUUUUCCACCUGAAAACAGCAGCUUCAGAAUUAGUUUAAUUGUUCAUUGACUUCCUUGUUGUGUCUCUGUGUAACUCUGGUGAGUGAGUUCGAUCUCCUGUGAGAAGAAGAAGAAAUGAGUCACAGCUUCAACUGUCAGAAUCAGAUCCAGCAAGUUGAAGAGUGAAGCUGAACUGUAAAUCUGUUAAACCAGAGUUUAUCUCCAAUAUUCAGCAGGAAACCUUUUAAAAUAUGAAGAAAUCUACACAGAGUUUGAUGAAUUUAUUACAGCCGCACCAGGAAGCAGAGGAUCAUGGGUAAUAUCCAUCGUUCAGUUGUGUUUCAGCUCAGUUCAGUGGGACGACAAAGUCAACACAUUGAUGGACUCAGUGUUUUCUCUACAUGAAAACCACUUAAUUGAUCGGACACAGAGCCCCACAGAGUUAAUCCCCAUGUGUGGCUAUAGAGGGCGCUGCUUCUCAAAAGAUACAUAGUGUUGCUUUAAGUGGAAACUCUUAGUGGAUGAUCGAUGCUUCGUUCACGUCCGAACCUUCUUGCUGGAAGGUUUCCGCCAUUCGUCACAAAACAUGACGAACGACCGAAUGUGUUUGUUUUAGGUUUUAGAACAAAUUUCCAAAGUUGUAAUUUUUCUUAUGAAAACAGUCUCUUUCCUGAAGAAUCUGUCUCGGGGGCAAGAAAACCUCCACAGUCAUUGUACGUCGACUGGUUUGUGAUCAUCUGAUUUACUUACACAAAUUCCCGCAGGAUUUAACCAUGUGUGCCUGCAGGGGGCGCUGUUGUUAAGUAAAAGUUACACAGUGUUGCUUUAAAACAGCUGAUUAUCUGAUCAUUUUAAAUUCUGUUUCCCUAAACAGAACUCGAAAACUCUAGCUCCUUCAUUCUGUUUUAUUCCAACAACUUCCUCUGUCACGAGACGAUCACAGACCAGCUGGGUUGGUGAACAUGAUUCUCAGCAUUUACGUCACGUUUCAUGUUUUCUCUGGAGACUGAAGAUCCAAAUAUCGAAUGUGCCUUUUAUUUUCUCAGACCACAGUUUGACCCUUUAGUCACUUCCACUGAGGAGGAGUUCUGUGGUUUGAGGAGUAGAGGGUGAACUGUGUGCGUUAAUACUGUAUUCUCCCAAAGUGUAUUGUAAAUAUACUUUAAUAUGUACCGAUUCAUUAUAGAUAUUAAACAACUGUGGCAGGUUUUUUUUUGCAAUAUGUUUGGAUUUUUCCUUUUUCUUUUUCUAUGUGAGAAUUCAGAGAGAUGGUUGCAUGGUUGUUGGAGCGGCCGUGUUUUGCCAAAGAGACGUUUUAUUCUUCCUGCCUUCUUUUAUCUGUUGAUGUCUUUGUAUUGGCUGAUGCAAUAAAAAAUGACCAGCCAGCGUC